AAGGGUUAAGUUUUAAAGACUGAAUAUCAAAGCCAAAAAACACUUCAUAAGUUCCUCACCUCCUCACAGCGACCUCUCAUUUCUUUUUAGGAUUUCGAACCAUCCACGUCUCAAGCGUCGUUGUCCACUUGAAUUUUUGAAGAGAAUUUCUGCUUUUUGUUGAGCCGUGCUGACAAAAAGUGAAAAAUGACCUAUUCGGCUUUGAAGAUUUUUCUGCUUUGUGGCCUGGUUGGAGGCAUCUUCUGUCAGGGAUUUUCGAGCAGCAUUCCGUCGUCCGUGCAGAUCCUGACCGGCUCGUGCGUUUUUGUUCCGUGCACAUUCACCUUAGACCCGUAUUAUGACUACUACCUGGACGACACCUGUGCAGUCGUUUGGAAGUCCUUAGACACAUAUACGGAAGUGUUCCACUCCAAGCGGACGAAGGAGGAGAGUGCCAAGUUAAACUUACUGCAGGGAAAUGUUGUUGGGAAUGUGCUGGAAAAAAACUGUAGCACCAUCCUGGAACCCAAGUCGUCAGAGUACGCCGGCUCGUAUUACUUCAGUCUGCAGUGCUACAGAAUUCAUCUCGAUUUUUUGAAGACAUUUGUUAGAUGGGACUUUCCAGACUCAGUGCCAAAACCCACUAUCAAACCUACAACGCUGGAGGUUAUGGAGGGUACCACGAUGGCCUUAAAGUGUCAAGCGCCAGUUUUUUGCCCGACGUCACCCCCGCUGUUGACCUGGGCGCCAGAGUUAGGCACUGUCAAGGAGGAAGUGGACGCAAAUGUCACAGCGGUCAUGACUUUUGACACCACUUAUUUGCACGACAAUGUUGAUGUGACUUGCAGCGCCGUCUACAGGAGGCAAGAGGGAUAUGCUGAGCUUUCCACGGAACAGGCGUUGAUGCUUCGAGUUAAAUAUGCUCCUAAGGACACGUCAGUUUCGGCAUCGCCACCUGGCUCUUGGCCCGACGGCAGCACAGUCACUUUAAAGUGCAACGGUGUGGCCAACCCGCCAAUCACUGACGUCAACUGGUACCGCGUGAACAAUCGCGGUGCGACACUGGUGGGUUCGGGCAAAGAGAUCACCUUUAUUGCCACCAAGCUCUCAGAGGACAGCUAUUAUUGUGAAAACCACAACAUCCACGGAGCGCAGUCUGCCGAGCCCCUCACCGUCGAUGUCACAUUCGCCCCCGAGUUCCUGAGUACUUCCGACUGCCAAGCCAUGUCGAACGGCAUUCAGUGUUCCUGUAUCAGCCAGGCCAACCCGCCGCCUUCGCUGCAGUGGAAACUGUUGGGAGUGUUGGUCGAGAACUCCAACCAGCAAACCGUCACAGAGCAGUCCCUCGACAAGUUCACUCGCAAAACCGUCAUCAUCUUUAAGAGCCUGGACAGUGGAACUUCUCUGGUUUGCGUCAGCCACAACCAGUUUGGACCUGACCUGCUAGCUUUCAACGUGCCUCACUCAGAUGUGACGACUGUGGUGUGUUCUGUUGUUGGAGUGCUGGUUCUGCUGAUAUUGAUUCUCCUGCUUUUGUACAUUUGGAAGAAACCCGAAUUCAACUUCCCAGCGAGGUGGAGACAGGCAAAUAGGAAACCCAAAUUCAACUUCCCUGCGAGGUGGAGACAGGCAAAUACGAACACAGGCGAUAUAGCCACCACCAAGAGCAACGUUUCCCAUGUGGAUAACAUCAGCAUGACCAAACUGCGGUCCCUACACUCUGACCAAGUCCAACUGCAUCCUAUGGGUAGCGAUUUAAAACCCGAACCCAAACCAGAUCCAGAGGAGGAAAAGGUGGCAGACUCCAACGUUGCAGCCCGAAAUUCUCGGUGUUAACUUUAGCUUCAGAAAAUCAUUCACUAGAAAAUGUCUAACUACAUUUUACAUGAUACUGUACGAGUUGUGAGUAUUAAUAUAUUAGAUCAGGGGUCCCCAACCUAUUCCACUAAGGCACACUGUGGGUGCAGGAUUUCAUUCUUACCAAACAAGAUGACAACACUUUUUCCCCAAUCUGGUGUUUUACAAGUGCAAUCAGUUGAUUGCAGUCAGGUGUGGCUUGUUUUAGCAGAAGCCUCAUUGGUUCAACUGUCUCUGCUGGAUCGGCUGGAACAAAAACCAGGACCCACAGUGUGCCUUGAGGACUGGGUUGAAAACCCCUGUAUUAGAUAAUUCUUGAGAAAUUAUGUGAUUGGUAAACAUGCUGUUGAUUUUGGGGCAUUGCCAGUUCACUUUCCUGUUGGUUUUGGGGAAUUUUCCAAGUAACUUUCUAUUUCUUUUUUGAGCAUUUGCAGAUCCCGUUCACUCUGGGUCACUUCCACUGGUGACGCCUGUAGAUUAGGGCAUUUCUGGGUCACCUGAGGCAAUUCUACAUGAGGCUUUUACAGUUCACUUCCUAGAUCUAUUGAUUCUUGGGCAUUUUUAGGUCGCUUCAUGUUGAUCACUGGCGACUUCCUUAUGAUUUCCCGUUUUACAGGGUCACUUGGUGUUAUUUCAGGUUACAGCCUAUUAUUUUUUCUUGUCAUAUUCUUUUGAUUUUGGUGCAUUAAGUGGUCAUUUCCUGUUGAUUUGAGGGGGGAUCAGAAUUUGAAUUAAGAUACCUUUGGCAGAGCGUUAGUAUGAAAACAGGAGCCCCACUUUGAUGGAACCAAAAUCAACAUUUUCCACUUGUUUUUUGCCUUUUGAAAUAUUAAAACUGUGAAAUUACAUUGCUAUAAUUUUUGGGCCUAGGUGUGCAACAUUUGUGCAUACCUGGUAUUUUACCUUUAGGAGCAGUUUUUUCAAUACAAAUAAAAGUGUUUAUCUCUCAA